AUGUCCGACGUCGUAUUGAAUUUCAUUGCCGGAGGAGUUGGCGGAUCAUGUACCGUUAUCGUCGGACAUCCAUUCGACACGGUCAAAGUUCGAAUCCAAACAAUGCCUUUGCCGAAACCUGGGGAAAAACCAAUGUUCACCGGUGCUCUUGACUGUGCCAAACAAACUAUUGCAAAGGAAGGAUUCUUCGCAUUGUACAAGGGCAUGGCCGCUCCUUUAAUUGGAGUCUCGCCACUAUUUGCUGUAUUCUUUGGUGGUUGUGCCGUAGGAAAAUGGCUUCAACAAACCGAUCCUAACCAGGAAAUGACAUUUAUUCAAAACGCAAACAGUGGUGCUUUGGCUGGAGUUUUCACAACCAUUGUUAUGGUGCCAGGAGAACGCAUCAAAUGCCUUCUUCAAGUUCAACAAGCUGGAAACGCUCCAUCCGGAGUUCAUUACAAUGGCCCGGUUGAUGUAGUUAAAAAACUGUACAAAUCUGGAGGAAUUGCCUCAAUCUACAGAGGAACUGGAGCAACAUUGCUUCGAGAUAUUCCCGCUUCCGCUGCUUACUUGUCCGUGUAUGAGUAUCUCAAGAAAAAAUUCUCAGGCGAAGGAGCGCAACGUACAUUGUCGCCAGGUGCUACCCUUCUAGCUGGAGGUUUGGCUGGAAUCGCCAAUUGGGGAGUGUGUAUACCAGCGGAUGUUCUCAAAUCUCGCCUUCAAACUGCUCCAGAAGGCAAAUACCCAGACGGUAUUCGUGGUGUUCUGCGGGAAGUGCUCCGUGAGGAAGGGCCAAAAGCUCUUUUCAAGGGAUUCUGGCCUGUAAUGCUCCGUGCUUUCCCGGCAAAUGCUGCCUGCUUCUUCGGUCUGGAGCUCACUCUUGCUGCAUUCCGUUUCUUCGGAAUCGGCGGUCAUCCGACCCCAUCGACUGAAGUCAUUCCACUUCCACACGACGAAUGA